CGCUUCGAUAGUAGCAAAUCUUUAGGCACGUUAUCAUUCUUAUCAUAUGUGAUCUAAGUUAUUUAAAAUGGCGCUUAUGUUUGUAGGAAGAUUAUUAAAUAAUCUUUGCACGACAUCCAAACAUAAUGUAGGAGUUACUAGUCAAUUAAUUAUCCAAACACGUGAUUAUGCUGCAAGAAAAGGUACAAGAGCAAGACGAGAUGCUAAGAAAAUUAAAAAGAAAAUAGAAAAGAUCGAAAAAAUUGGAUUCAUUGAUAAAUUGCUGAAAGAAGAAAGAAAAUCGACUACAGUAAUUAAAAGAAAAAGAUUCAUUGAAAUAAAUAAACCAAACCCAAUUGAUAAUGUAUGGUUAUAUAAGGCUCAUCCACCUAAAAUUUAUACUAUCGAAGAAGCAGUGCAGUGUCAUCGUGAAGUGCAUCAUCCCACUAUGUUAAAUUGUCCUGAUUCUAAAAUCAUUGCCAAAUUCGACGUGAGUUUACAGAGUGAGAAAAAGGGAAAGUUUCUAGAACCUAUUGAUCGUAUCGUAGACUAUCCUUAUAAUAUCAAACACAAUGAAACCAGAACGAUAUUAGCUUUCGUUGCGAAAGAUUCUUUAGUACAAGAUGUAUUGAAGGCAGGUGCUACUAUAGCAGGUGGAAAAAGUCUUAUAAAAUCAAUCAAGGGAGGUGACUUAUCUUUAAAUGAAUUUCAAUACUGUGUAGCGCAUCCAGAUAUUUUACCUGAUUUAUUAUUAAUUAGAGGUUUAAUGAAAAAAAAAUUUCCAACGACUAAAAGAGGUACCAUGACUUCUGAUCUUGAAGGUUUAAUAAAGAAAUUAGUUUACGGUACCAAGUAUGUUGCUGUACCUGACAAAUUAGAAAAACAAUAUGGUUUAAUCGAAUGUCCUUUUGGAACGCUCGAUAUGGAUAGCAAGCAUUUGGAAGAAAAUUUUGCAGCUCUUGUUAAAGACAUUUAUUCCGUUAAACCUAAAAAAGUGACUACAUUUAUUUUAAGAGCGUGCUUGAUCAGUCCACCGGGGAAGGAAUAUUUCCGUGUAGAUUUUAAUCAAUAUUUGCCACAAGAGACUGUUAAAAAGGAUUCUGUCACAGAAGAAUUGUUGGAAGAAGAAGAUUUAUUGGAUGCUGUCAUACCGUCCCACUAAUUAUAGAACCUUAAGCAUAAGUCUAAAUAAGGUGAAAUUUUAUUAUUUAGUUUUAAAACAAUUAAGAAAAUCGGAAAGAGAAUUUUAAUAAUACUCGACGUUUAAUAGCUGUCCUUAUCAAUGCGUAAUAUGAAAAAAGAAAUAACCAAAAAUCAUUCCUAGAUGAUUUUCCUCAGAUAUUUUAAAAAUUAGAAUUUAAAAAAGAAUGGAUAAAAUCAGCUAAUGACAUAAUAGCCGAAAAAUAGAUCAGUAGGAGUGUUGGUGUAUGGAGUAGUACAUUCAACAAUCCUAUAACACGGUAAAUUUGUUUCAAAUCGUAUUUAAACCGUCUUAAACGAAACAUUCCUGUUAUACGAGAAUUGUUCAAGCUAUAAUAUGAAAUCCAUGUUAUAUGAGGGCUGUCGCAAUUUUCGUAUCGUGUUUUCAGAAUAUCGUGUUAUAAGAGAAGUUGAGUGCAGUAUAAGGUGAACGCGCGAAAAUGAUGACGGGUUGGUGGUAGUGGUUGUUGGUAGGGUGGCGAGGGGAAGGAAGAGGAAGAGAAGGGAGAAGUAGGGAGGAAGAUCGUGCGAGAAACCGGCGGCUAUGACGGCGGCAAGUCGAAGGAAAAAGGAACGGAGAACGGUGCGCCUGUUGGCGGUGAUGGUGACGAAGAGGGGAGUAAAGAAAGAGGGAGGAUGAGGAGGAAGUGGUGGAGGAGGGGGAGCCAACUCGGCUACCUGCCGGUCGAGAGAGCUCAGUCGGUGUCCGCCAGGUUGAAAAUCCGCCGCUUCUUCUUGCUCCUUUGCUAUCUCGCACGUGAUACUUUCUAAGCUUUUUUACGAUUCUUAAAAAAAAGAAGUUUUUAAGGAAAAAAUUAUUCAUAGUAGUUUGUAUAUGUAGUUAAUUUAAUUCAUUUAGGAAGAUUAAAAAAUUUGGCGCGCAAAAAAGGAUCGCUCAGGAGGGUGCGGGGAAGGAAUAAAGUUUUGUAUCAACAAGAAGAGAUAUACGUUUACCUUUUCGCAGUGUGCGUGCGUUCUCUCUCAAUUUCUGUGCGUGCACGCAUUGUCGUUUGUGCGUGCGUUCGUGGAUGUGUGUAUGUGUGCGUGCGUGCGUUGUGCGUGUUGUUUGUCCAUCGUACCUUCUCACGAACUUUAAUGAAAAGGAUGCACGUAUGAUGAGUUUUUACGUGGAACGGAUUUAAUUUAUUUAUUUGCUUGUUUCAUUUUUAUUUUCUUAUCUUGCAAGAAUUGUUUAUGCGCAAACUCAAUUAUUUUCCUUUUCGACUAUUUGGUUUUUUCUUUUUUUUUUUCAAUAAAAUAAGUGCACGCGGGUGAGAAUUCACGCAGGCGCAUUUCGUAUUAAACCGCGCAUGCGUUAUACUAUAAUCGGAGUUGUGUUUACUACUGUUACGUGUUACCGGUGAUAUCAUUCAUCUUCCGCGUAAACAACUGCACACAACACAACAACUUUACUACGAGGAAGAAGAAGAAGAAGAAGAAGAAGAAAAAAAAGAAGAAAAAAAAGAAGAGGAGGAGAAGGAGGAGGAGGAGGAGGAAGAAUAGUAGUAGGAGUAGAAGGAGUUAACUUUGUUUUUUUUUUAUUAUAAGGAAGGAAACGAAAUAUUACCGGAGACAUGCACGAUUUAUUCAAUAGUGUUAGAGAGUAGCCUUCGACGAAGAUAUAGGAACAG